AAACAGAAAGGGAGGGGAAGGAUAAAAGGAGGGAGAGAAAAAGGAAGCGCUCCGAUAAGUAUUUUUUUUGUGUGUGUAUAUAUAUUUCUUCAAAGUUAAAUAAGCUUUUACAAGCUGAAGGUGGGAUCGGAAGUCUUGAAGGGAUCAGCUUGCUAAAGAGUGAGAUGUAAAGAGAAGGACCGACACCAGUUUGACAGCAGUUGCCCCCAGCUGAUGGAAACAUAAAAUAUUAAGACUUUUCCAGGCCUUAGGCCUCGAUUGACCACAGAGAGAUCUUGGACAGAGAAAAAGAAGAACAAGAAAAAGCAAUGUCCUCUGACUUGGACUCCAGUCUCACCAGUAUUGACUGGUUGCCCAAACUGGGAAUCAGCAGCCUACGCUCAGGCAAAGAGAGAGGAGGAGGAGGAGGAGGGGAGAAGGACAGAAGGAGAGACAGAGGGAAGGAGAAAGGAGACUUCAUACCCUCAGUGCCGAGCCCCUCUGCCUCCAAUUCCAAAGGGAAACCCCCCCAUAGCUAUGCCACUCUUAUUGCCAUGGCAAUAGCAGAUGCACCUGAGAGGAAGCUGAGUUUGAAUGACAUCUACACCUGGAUCAGUAACACUUUCCCCUACUACAGCCGAGCAGGCCGCGGAUGGAAGAACUCCAUCAGACAUAAUCUGUCCCUGAACAAAUGCUUCAGGAAAGUUCCUCGACCACAGAAUGACCCCGGCAAGGGCUCCUAUUGGACAAUGGAUGGACCUGCAGUUAUGACUCCAGUUAGGCCACCUAAACGUCCCUAUCCAGAGGAAGAGGAGGAAGAGGAUUUUCUUCAACCAGUUCAGACACAGGCAGCUAGAGGACCCUCACCUCAACACAUGCAAUCAGCUCCUCAGACAGACCUCCAGCUAAUGAACUCUUCUCCACCCGGACCCAUCCAGCAGCAAUCACCCCACUCUGCCUCCCUCUCUCCUCCCCCACGCAAGCAACCCUCACCCUACUUGCCAGCCCAUGCCUCCAGUCUCCCUCCCUCUCAUUUAUCUGUCUCCCAAACGGCUGGACUCCAACCUGCUGCCCCCAUGUCGCCCAUCGAUUCAUUUCCUCCUCCCCACCCACCUGACCCCACUUUUUCCAUCCCCACUACUUCUGCUACAACUCAUUUUGCUCCCAACAUGUCUACAGCUGCUCCAGCUGCUCCUUCUUUCUCUGAGGGGGUGCUGUCCUUUCCUGGAAGUUCAGAUCCCUGUACACAUCCCCUUCCUGCUUCUACUUUCUCCAGCACUUGCAACUCAACACCUGUGCCUGUUUGUACCGUGUCAGGACCCAGCCACCCAUCCAUCCCUUCAUCUAUUGCUGCCCCCUCUGGUGUUUCAUUAAACUCCUCCACUGAGCCCCAACUACGUUUCUCCUUUGAUGAGUUGAACAUACCAGACCUGUAUGCAUCUUUCAAGUCUCUCUUCAAGACAAUGCGAGACAGGGGGAGCUCACUGUCGGAUGUCCCUCUCCAGGCUGUUCCAAAUGACACUACCCCACUUCAUACUCCAACCUUGCCACCAUUGUCCCCUCAUCCUGCACCCGUAGCAGCUGCACCACCUCCAGCAGCUGCUCAGACUUCACACCCUCCUGAGCCAGAGCCCAUUUCACAACACACAGUACCGCCGGACUGGUUCAGUAACCCAGGUUCUCUGAAGGAGAGCUUCCGUAUCGCCAGCAGUCUUGACUGGGCCAACAUCGACCUCUCUGGACACCCAGACCUGCUGGAGAGCAUGCGACAAGCGGAGCUCUGCGACUGGGCCCUGGACCCGGCGCUCUUCACUUCCCUCUGUGACUCUUUAAACCGCUUCUUUUUUCAGAAAGGAAUGAUCACCCCUGGCAAUAACUCAUUUUCCCCCGCUUCAUCUCAUAGCCAAGCACCACCAUUCACUUUUACUCCGCCUCCUACCCUGUCCAGCCUCACCCACCCCUCACCCCUUCCCUACACUCCUAUGGUUCCUCCCAUCAACGGGGCACAGCCACCCCAGAAGUCUCAGCACAUGCAAGGAUUGGGUCUUCAGAGGCCACAGCUGACAAUACCUGAAAACACGACAGCUGGGAUCCAGCCUCAAAUGGUGGCUCCACGACAGCGUCCUCCACUGAAGAGUCUGCACAGCAACAGUGAGGAGAUCCAGGAUGACUUUGACUGGGAUUCUCUGAUAGUCUGACCCUCACUGCUUCAGUGGAGAAAAAUGAGAAAUGUCCCACAAAAAUCUUCACUGCCAGUUUUGCAAAGACUGCUUUCCAUUUCGCCUUCCCAUAUCCCCAAGAGAAAGGCUGGUUUCAAAUUCAUUACGUGACUGAAUCAUGAAAUUUGCUAUUUAAGUUUUUUUUUUCUUCUCUCAUAUUAUUCAAAUUCAUAUGCGCCAAUAUAAUUUAGCUCAGUUCAUGCAGAUAAUUGGCAGGGUUUAACUUGUCUGUUGGACAGUAUGAUUAACAUUGUUAUAAAGGAUAAAAUAUCAACUUAUUCUUUUCCAAACAAGAAAGCAUGAAAGUCAAACACCCAUCUUGUGUUUUUGUUUUAUUUCAUAAAUUUCUUGAUUUUUUUCUUCAUUUUGCUUCUCAAAUGUGAAUGUUCACAGUUGACACCACACAAAAUUCAAUCUUACCCGAUAAGAGAUCUUUUUCUUGAUAUAAAAUAAUAAAUUCAUCAAACUAAAUUAAAAGAACAGCAUGGAGCAUGUUUUCAAGUCCCUGUUUUGUCUCCUUCCAUUCAUUGAAAUAUAAUAGUCUUUUUUAAAGAAGCAACAGUAGCGCUCCCUCUCAAAAAAAAAAAAAUGGGGAGGAAACACAAGGACAGUGUUGUUCUGGGAUCCCAUAUGAAAUGUGUGAUUUAGAAUAAAAAUAGCCUCUGAUUGACAAAAAAAGUGAAAUAUGCAGAAAAACGUGACUAUUACAAUACCUCAUUUGAAACCCCAAGAUUACAUAAUACAAGUGACUACUU